AUGGCAGCCUCAGACGAGGUCCAGCGAGAUCAGACCAAUUUUCACCACCCGUACUCGCCUUAUGACGUUCAACUUGAGUUCAUGAAAGCAGCAUAUGAUGUUCUCGGCCGCGGCGAAGGCCAAGUGGGGAUUCUUGAAAGCCCGACGGGCACGGGGAAAUCCUUGUCGCUCAUCUGCGCGUCAAUGACCUGGCUGAGGGACUUCAAGAGACGUGCUUUCGAAGCGUCAACUCAGAUCGAUCCCAAAGACGCCGAAGGGGAGCCAGACUGGAUCGUUGAGCAGAUGCUGCGACGCAAGAGGAACGAACUCGUGGCAAAGUGGGAGGAGCGUGAGGCGCGACUCGAAGCCAUCCGCCAGAAGGAGAAGGCCACCGAAGAACGUGGAAGCAAGCGCCGUCGUAUCGACAGAUCGGACAUCACUUCAAGAUCGAAAGAGGAAGAUGAGGAAGAAGCCGAGUUCUUGAUCGAUGACUGGGAAGAAGGUAAUGGUGUUGGUGCUGCUCGGAGCUCGGAUGAGAAAGAUGGUUUCGACGGGUUGAGCAAGGAGACAAAAGCUCUGCUGCAGAAGAUUGGAAUGGGAGGAGCACAAAAGAUUGACGCCGAAGAAGAAACUGUGGACGACGAGAUCAAAAUUUACUACACAUCGAGGACCCAUUCUCAACUGACGCAGUUCAUCUCCGAGUUACGCCGUCCCGUUUUCCCGUCUGCAUUGCCCACGCAUCUGAAGAGCCAGCACCCUGAUGAUGAGUCAUCGGAAGGGGAAUCAGUGAAACAGAUUCCUCUUUCAUCACGACAGCAGCUUUGUAUCAACCCAGCUGUGGCAAAACUCGGGUCUGUGGCCGCCAUCAACGACAGAUGCAGCGAACUGCAGAAGCCAAAGUCAAAGGACAAAUGUCCCUACCUCCCAAAUUCUGAGAACCUUGCCCAAACACACCAGUUCCGUGACGCUGCUCUGGCAACGCUUCCUGACAUCGAGGACCUGCACGGACUGGGCAAAGCUCAUCAUGUGUGUCCCUACUACGCAUCGCGAUCAGCAAUACCCACAGCAGAAAUCGUCACUUUACCGUAUCCACUGCUUCUGCAGGCAAGUGCCCGCGAGGCACUGGGCAUAAAACUGGAGGGCAAUGUUGUGAUAAUUGACGAGGCGCAUAACAUCAUGGACGCUGUUGCAAAUGUCCAUGCUGCAGAAGUACGGCUGAGCGAGCUGAAGCGGGCGCGGAAGAUGAUUGGGGUAUACUUCAAGAGAUUUGGGAAGAAGCUCAAGGGCGAGAACAGGAUCAUGGUGGCUCAAGUUGUGAAGGUGAUCGAUGGGCUGACCGAGUGGUCGACCACAGCCUUGUCUUCCAAAAGUGAGCAUGGCAUUGUGGAUCCUAACUCGCUGCUCCAGAGCAAGGGAAUCGAUCAGAUCAACAUGUUCAAGCUGAUCAAGUACAUCCAAGAGUCAAAGCUCGCAUUCAAGGUCGAAAGCUACGCAGCCCACAUCGAGGAGCCCGAAGGCUCGGACACCCCGGCCAAACCGGCUCACUCAAGCCCUGUUCUCCACGCUCUCCUUUCUUUCCUCGUAGCUCUCACCAAUCCAGCCGACGAAGGUCGCAUAUUCCACGAGAGAAGCGCGAAUCCCCCAGAUAUCAAGCUUUCAUAUCUGCUGCUGUCACCAACGCAUGCCUUCUCGUCCAUCGCAACAUCCGCCCGAGCAAUCAUUCUCGCCGGCGGGACCAUGUCACCAUUCGACGAUUACAAAACACAUCUCUUUCCUUACCUGACACCCGAGAAGAUCACCACUCUCAGCUGUGGCCAUGUAAUACCCGAUUCGAAUCUUUGCGUCUGGACACUGGCAUCCACACGGCCCAGGAAGACUGUACACGGCAAUGCCGCAGCUGACGCAACAAGCGGACUAUUUGAGUUCAGCUUCCAGAAGCGGAGCGACAAGGGUACAAUCAACAGACUUGGCCAAUCCCUGCUGAACAUCUGCUCGGUGGUACCAGACGGCGUAGUGGCUUUCUUCCCCAGUUAUGGGUAUCUGGAUGAGGCAAUCGAGGUUUGGAAGGCUCCAUCAGGACCCGACGGUGGAAAGCCACUGUGGGACCGAUUUUCAGACAAAAAGGCGCUCUUUCGAGAGAGCAAGGGCGGGUCGAGCGAGGAAGUAUUGGCAGGAUACAGCGAGGCAAUACUAGGAACCGUUCAGCCGGCAGAUCGUAAGCCCGCCAGGGGCGCGCUGCUUUUAAGUGUUGUGGGCGGCAAGAUGUCCGAGGGCAUCAACUUCUCCGACCGCCUGGGCCGAUGCGUGGUCAUCAUAGGCCUCCCAUAUCCCAACAUCAACAGCCCCGAGUGGAAGGCACGGAUUGAAUAUCUCGAGUCAUCCACUGCCGCCCGGCUGACGGCCUCCUCACCGUCGGUAUCGAAGGCACAGGCAUCUCAGGAGGCGAAGCAGAUCGCCCGGGACUUUUACGAAAACGCCUGUCUCCGCGCCGUCAAUCAGAGUAUCGGACGCGCGAUACGACACAAGGCUGACUAUGCUGCUAUCGUGCUCGUCGACCGCCGUUUCGAGACGGAGCGCAUUCGCCGCAAAUUGCCCGGGUGGAUCAAGGGACGACUGGUACCCGGUGCAGAGACACAAGGUCUGCAAGGACUCAUGGGCUGCUUGAACAUGUUCUUUAAGGAGAAGAAGACGGCAAAAUAG